GGGCGCUCCGCCCGGCCAAAGUUGGCUGGGGCGGCGGAGCCGCUCGGCUGAGUCGGGAUCGGCGGGCACGACCUGCGCACGGGCCGAGCCGGACCGAACCGAACCGACCCAGCCGAGCCGAGCCGGCUGAACAGACCGAGUCGGGCCGAACCGGGCCGAGCCAACCGAGCCGGACCGAACCGAACCGAGCCGAGCCGAACCGACCGAACAGACCGAGUCGGGCCGAGCCGACCGAGCCGAGCCGAACCACCCUGCCGAACCGAACCGAGCCUAGCAGAACCACCCCUGCCGAACUGAAGAAAGCCGAUCCCAUCCCUACGGCACCGCACCGAACCCGUCCGUACCGCACCGAACCCAUCCCUACGGCACCGAACCAAACCCAUCCCUACCGCACCGAGGCCAAUCCUUCCGCACCAAGCCCGUCUCUACGGUACCGCACCGAACCCAUCCCCACAGCACCGCUCCGUGCCCGCCGGUACCGCACCGAACCCAUCCCUACAGCACCGCUCCGUGCCCGCCGGUACCGCACCGAACCCAUCCUUGCAGCACCGCUCCGUGCCCACCGGUACCGCACCGAACCCAUCCUUGCAGCACCGCUCCGUGCCCACCGGAACCGCACCGAACCCAUCCUUGCAGCACUGCUCCGUGCCCGCCGGUACCGCACCGAACCCAUCCCUACAGCACCGCUCCGUGCCCGCCGGUUCCGCACCGAACCCAUCCCCACAGCACCGCUCCGUGCCCGCCGGUACCGCACCGAACCCAUCCCUACAGCACCGCUCCGUGCCCACCGGUACCGCACCGAACCCAUCCCUACAGCACCGCUCCGUUCCCGCCGGUACCGCACCGAACCUAUCCCUACAGCACCGCUCCGUGCCCGCCGGUACCGCACCGCACCCCAGGGCACCGCAGCGCCCUGAGGCACCGCACCCUCCGGCACCGCACCCUCCCCGGAGCCCGCAGCCCCGCGCCCGGCGGGACCAUGAUGUCGUGUGCCGAGCUGCUGGCCGUGUGCCUGCUCUCGGCAGAUCGCGGCCCCAAGCCCCACCGCCAGCCGCUGCCCAUCUUCCACGACAUUUUCCGGCGAGCCGACAAGAACGAUGAUGGGAAGCUGUCGUUUGAGGAGUUCAAGAACUAUUUUGCUGAUGGCAUCCUGAGCUCGGAGGAGCUGUGGGAGCUGUUCAGUGGCAUUGACAGGCGUCACUCAGACAACGUGGACACGGAGAAGCUGUGUGAUUAUUUCUCAGCAUACCUGGGGGAAUACAGGAAUGUGCUCUCUGCCCUGGAAACCCUCAACACUGCAGUGCUGGCAGCCAUGGACAAAACCAAGCUGAGGUACGAGAGUGCCUCGAAGAUGGAGCAGUUCCUGACCCGGUUCCUGCUGCGGGAAACCAUGCACCAGCUGCAGUCCCUGCAGGCAUCCCUGGAGUGCGCUGUGGACACGGUGGAGGAGCAGGCGGGACGGGACAGGAAGGAGAUGAAGAAAGCUGAGGUGUCAGUUGGGCUGAGGCCAGGGAGACGCUGCGGGCGCAGGGGACAGAAGAACGUGUGCCUGUCCCCAACAGACCCCUACUCUGGGAUGCUGACAACAGGUGUUUGUGUGGAGGACAACAGCCAGUGGAUGGCUCAGAUCAACAGGCUCCAGCAGCUCAUCGAGAAGCUGGAGUGCAAGAGCCCACGCCUGGAGCCGCUGAAGGAGGAAGCCAUGUGCAAAGGACAGGAUGCACACAUCCUGGUGGCCAAGAGGCAGAUCUCGGUGGCCACGAGCAGCAUCGAGGAGUUCCGGCAGGCGUUCCGCUCCUACACCGAGGGCACGGCCGGGCACAGCAGCUGCCUGCAUGUCUCUGCCUGCAAGCUGACAGACGAGGCCUGCUUCAUCCUCUACGAGUUCUGGCAGGAUGUGACCUCCUGGAGAAGCCACCUGCAGUCCAGCUGCAGCAAGACUUUCCAGCAGUCCAUCCUCAGCUUGCUGGAGUCCCCGGAGCUGCUGACCACCAUGCUCUUCCCAGCUUCCUGGUGGAUCAUGAACAACAACUGACCCAGGCAGCGUCUCCAGGACACCACCAGCAUGCAGGAGGACGUGGAGCCCUGGGCACAGCCGUCCCCUUUGUCACCUCCCUGUCCCUGCAUUCCUCCUGUGGCCAGCGGGGGCUGCCUGCCCUCGGCCCUGCCCGUGUUCUGCUCCUUUGCUCUUUUCCUGUUAAUUUAUUUAUUUCUCCUGCUCCUAACACAGUGUCUGAGCUGCCUGGGGGAGCUGUGUGGGGGUGGCAGCCUGGUCCUUGGGGGAGCACUGUGCUGCUGCUGCAUGCCAGGAGCCUUCCCCAGUCCCUCUGGCACUCAGCUCCUCUUCCUCCAGGCUCUGAGGCUGCCCAGGGUGCUGGCAGGGGCAGGGGGAAUGGCACUGGACAGCUGUGACAUCCUGCCCAGGGAGCCAGGUGGCCUGAUACAGAUUGUGAAGUGUUUUAUAGGGGAAAAAAAAAAAAAAAAUCUCAUGAAGUGCUUCUGGCAAGGUGCACCAGCUCAUGUCCUGCCACGGUGGCAGCAUGUGCUGCGGCUUUGAGAGUGGCUGUGUGCCCCACCAGCUGUGCCCAUGGCUGGAGCUGUCCCCAGCACACCCCACUCCCAGGAGAGGCCAGAGUGGCUCCAGGCUCUGCUGCUCCUCAGUUCCCAUAAACCAGCACUGGUGCCAGAAACUGGAGCUGAGUUCAUGAGGAGGGGUCUGGGGUGGGGGGCACUAAAUGAGGGGGGAAGCUGGAGCAGAUCCCACCUGCUCCAGGGGUGGCACUGGGGCUUUCCUUGGUGGUAUUGAAGUAGCAAAUCCUCUGCUGAGCUGGGAAAAAAUGCAUUGUCACAGCCAGAGUGGAGGGAGUGGGAGGACACAGGGGGCAGGAGGGACACCAGCCCCUCCUGGCAUGGGAAACACCAUCCUCCUGUCCCUGCCUGUCCCCAACACCCCCAAUCCUCAGUCACCUGGGACCUGCUGCCACCCUCAACCUCUUCUCCCAGGCCCUGUGGGUGCUGCUCCACCAGAAACAUCAAUUUGAGUGUUUCUCCCCAGUCCCUGGCUGCAGUCAGUGAAAUGUGAGCCUGCAGGGGCAGUGGGUGCAGCUCCAUCCUGGGAGCCCCUCAGACACUGUGCUGGGUGGGUCUGACAGUGUCACCCCUGCCCAGGGGGUGACAACAGGAGGGGUCUCUGUUUUAGGGUGCUUGUUUUGCUCCAGCAGGAGCUGCCUGGGUUUGGGGUGCCAGGAGGAACCUGCAGGGAUGGGAUCAGGGCUGGAGGAGCAGCAGCUGCUGCUGCCAGCCCAGCUGGGCACUGUCAGAGCCCCAGAGCACAAAUGCCCCUGCCAGGGAUGGAGUGGCAGAGCCUGUCCCUGCUCCCAUGCUGCAAGCACCCAGCUCCUUCCCUGAGUAUCAAUCUGCUGCUUUCCCUGCCAAAGCCAGGAGCUGCUGUGACCCUGGGGCACCAGAAGUGGCUCAGCCCCGUGCAGGAGCCACAGCAGCACCUGGGCCAUCAGGAAUGGACCAGCCAGGGUGGGUCAGACAGGGGCACUGAGAGGCAGAGCUGCAGCAGGCACGGGUUUGGGAUUCCUCCCCAGCCCCCUGUGGGGUUUACCCCCCUGUUCUGGUUUCUUCCCCACUGGAUUAAUGUUUGCAGCAGCCUGGAGAGCAAAACCCUCAGAUGAAGCUGAGGUGUGGGCAGGGGGCAUCCCUGGGGGGGACAGGGCUGGCAGUGGCAGCCCAGCUGUGACAGCUGUGACCCUGCAGGCUGCUCACAUAAAAAUAGAUCAUUUAAAAAUGCUCAGAAAACAACACACUGAACUAUAAACUCAAAUCACUGAGGAUAGGGCUGAACUGCAGCUCUGCCUGCUCUUGCUCCCAGGCUUUGCCCACAGCAUCACCACCACAGGGGAGGAAAUUUUUGUCCCUGAAUGUCCCAAGGCCAAGGUGUGGCAGCAUUCCCCAAAAACCCCAAGAGCUGCCUGAGCACUGCUGAAAACCUCUGCCCCUUCCCAGAGAGAAGGGGGAGCUGGAGGAUGAAUAUAGUCUUUUUAUUGACUACUUUUGAGUAGAACAAACUAAAUACAUCUGUAACAGUUUGGGUUCCUUUAUACAGGACAUUAAAUAAGUUAUGCACAGGAAUGAAGUAACAAAUUUCUAUUACAGAAUUAAAUGUCAAAAAAAAUUAGAAACCUCAACCCAAUGUCUCCCCACACCCCAAGUUCACAUUUAUCAUUCCAUCUUUUUAAAAAAAACCCAACAAAAAAGAAAGAAGCAAUCAUUCUAAUCAUGA